ACACCCACACGCUUUCUCUCUCUCCUCUCCCUCUCUCUCUCCAAAAUCCCAAAGCCGAACCAAAACAACCAUCACAAGUUCGCAACCUCAACUCUGCGAUAAAAAAAAAGUAACUAACCUCAUGGAAGAGCUCUCCGCGGGGCCUCUCGUCCCCGCCGUCGUCAAACCUGAGGCUUCCAGAGCCGCCGCCGCCGCCGACACAGGUGCAUCCGCCGCCGCAUCUGGUGACACGUUCCCGGCCUCCACGUCGGAGCCGGACAAGGACUUUCUCUGUCCGAUUUGCAUGCAGAUCAUCAAGGACGCGUUCCUUACCGCGUGCGGCCACAGCUUCUGUUACAUGUGCAUCAUCACUCACCUCCGCAACAAGAACGAUUGCCCUUGCUGCGGCCACUACCUCACCAACACCAACUUGUUCCCUAACUUUUUACUCGACAAGCUACUGAAGAAGACUUCUGCGCGUCAAAUAUCAAAAACUGCUUCACCUGUGGAACAUUUCCGGCAGGCAUUGCAAAAGGGUUGUGAUGUGACAAUUAAAGAGCUAGACACUCUUUUAUCACUUCUUGCUGAAAAGAAAAGAAAAAUGGAGCAAGAAGAAGCAGAGAGAAAUAUGCAAAUAUUGUUAGACUUUCUGCAUUGCUUACGCAAGCAAAAAGUUGAUGAGUUGAAGGAGGUUCAAACUGAUCUCCAAUUUAUAAAAGAGGACAUUAAUUCUGUAGAGAAACAUAGAAUGGAUUUGUAUCGAGCACGGGAUAGGUACUCUGUAAAAUUGCGAAUGCUUGAUGAUUCGGGUGGAAGAAAAUCAUGGCAUUCAUCACUGGACAAGAGCAGCAGUGGCCUUAUAUCUAGUCCGCUAAAUCUUCGAGGAGGGUUGUCAUCAGGCAGCCAUACUAAGAAAAAUGAUGGAAAGUCCCAAAUUAACUCACACGGCCAUGGAGUUCAGAGAAGGGAUGCUGUCACUGGAUCAGAUUCACCACAUAUAAAUCAGUCGGGUCUUGCCCUAGUUAGAAAAAAGAGGGUCCAUACACAGUUUAAUGAUCUACAAGAGUGUUACCUACAAAAGCGACGACAUGCAGCUGAUAAGCCCCAUAGCCAACAAGAAAGGGACAUGAGUCUCAUAAGUCGAGAAGGUUAUAGUGCUGGUCUUGAAGAUUUUCAGUCAGUCUUGACAACUUUCACACGCUACAGUCGACUGAGAGUCAUUGCAGAACUAAGACAUGGGGAUAUAUUCCAUUCAGCAAAUAUAGUGUCCAGCAUAGAGUUUGAUCGUGAUGAUGAUUUGUUUGCUACUGCGGGAGUUUCUCGGCGCAUUAAAGUUUUUGACUUUUCUGCUGUUGUGAAUGAACCCACAGAUGCUCAUUGUCCAGUUGUGGAGAUGUCUACACGUUCAAAACUUAGUUGCUUGAGUUGGAAUAAAUAUGCUAAGAACCAAAUAGCUAGCAGUGAUUAUGAAGGAAUUGUGACUGUUUGGGAUGUAACCACUCGGAAGAGUUUAAUGGAAUAUGAAGAGCAUGAAAAGCGAGCAUGGAGUGUUGAUUUUUCAAGAACAGAUCCCUCUAUGCUUGUAUCCGGUAGUGAUGACUGCAAGGUCAAAGUUUGGUGCACAAAUCAGGAAGCUAGUGUUCUAAAUAUAGACAUGAAAGCAAACAUAUGUUGUGUCAAGUACAAUCCUGGAUCUGGCAAUUAUAUUGCAGUUGGAUCAGCAGACCACCACAUCCAUUAUUAUGAUUUGAGAAAUAUUAGUCGGCCAGUCCAUGUUUUCAGUGGGCAUAGGAAGGCCGUUUCAUAUGUGAAAUUUUUGUCUAAUUAUGAACUUGCUUCUGCAUCAACAGAUAGUACACUGCGAUUAUGGGAUGUGAAGGAAAAUUUACCAGUUCGUACUUUCAAAGGCCAUGCAAAUGAGAAAAACUUUGUCGGUCUUACUGUUAGCAGUGAAUAUAUUGCAUGCGGGAGUGAAACAAAUGAAGUCUUUGUCUACCACAAGGAAAUCUCAAAACCUUUGACUUGGCAUAGAUUUGGGUCCCCUGAUAUGGAUGAUGCGGAAGAUGAGGCAGGAUCAUACUUCAUUAGUGCUGUGUGUUGGAAGAGUGAUCGCCCAACUAUUUUAACUGCCAACAGUCAAGGCACCAUUAAAGUGUUGGUGCUUGCAGCCUGAUCAUGAACAAAAUGAAUAGAAUGUGGAAUUGGUAUUAUCUUUUCCCAUGCUAUGAUUGUAUCAUUUGUUAAUUGUACAUAAUAUUCAAAUGUAUAUGGCAGGCUUUAGGAUUUUAAUGAAAUAUCUGAACCUGUAUUGAUAAAUCAAUUGAGGGACUGAUCUUUAAAUUUUUUACCAAUUGAGGACUUCAAAUGUAUUAAAAUUUUGUAUAAACCAGUUGAGGGACCGAUCUUUAAAUUUUACAAAUUGAGGACCUCAAAUGUAUUCAAAUUUUGUAUUAACAAA